AUGGCGUCCCGCUUCUUUGCCGCCAGCGACAGCUCCUCGGACGAGUCCAGCGAGGAGGAGCUCUACUCCAACGACGAGGAGUCUGAGCAGGACAACUCGGACCAGGACUCGGACGAUGACGACUCGGAUUCGGAUUCGUCGUCGGGUUCCGAGACAGGAGGUGCCAACCGCUUCUUGAAGGAUGCGGACAGCGAGAGCGAGAGCGACAACGAGGACAUCAACAAGGUGCUGAAGAGCGCCAAGGACAAACGCUUCGACGAGCUGGAGGCUACGAUACGGCAGAUUGAGAAUGCGCAGAAGAUCAACGACUGGGCCGUUAUUUCAGACCUCUUCGACAAGCUCAACCGCCAGGUGCCCGCGCUCAUCAAGCAAAAUGAUGGCAAGGUACCUAAGCUCUAUGUGCAGGCUAUUGCCGACCUCGAGACGAUCGUCCUGGAGACGCACGAGAAGCAAAAGGUCACACCCAAGAAGAUGAAUGCCAUCAACACCCGUGGCUUCAACGCAGUGCGCCAAAAGGUCAAGAAGCACAACCGCGAAUUCCAGCGUGACAUCGACGCCUACAGGGAGAACAAGGACGAUUUCAUGCGCGAGGUUGACGAGGUCGAGGCCGCUCCCAAGGAAAAGAAGAAGAAGAACAAAAUCCCUCAGCUCGGCACCGAGAUUGUCGACGAGGCUACCGAAGACGGUUUCAUCACGGUCGGAGCCGGCGGCAAGGCUGUCCUCUACACAGCUGAGGGCAUCCUCAAGCACUUGCGUGCCAUUGUCGAGCAGCGUGGUCGCAAAAACGCAGACAAGCUCGAGCACAUUCGCACCUUGGAGAAGCUGUUGGACGUCUCCGUCAACGACUACCAGCGUGUGCGUGUUCUCCUCACCCUCAUCUCGACCCGCUUCGACUUGACCUCUGGUACCGCUAGCCACAUGAACCAAGAACAAUGGAAGUUGGCCGACCAAGAGCUCGGCAAGCUUCUCCAGAUCCUCGAGAACAGCGAGGAGAUUGUCGUCAUCGAGAAUGCCGAGGAGUGGGAGGAUGACGAGAAGCUGCCCACCAUCACCCCAGGCCAGAUUUUCCGCGUCCCCGGAAGCGUCGUGUCUUUUGUGGAGAGGCUUGAUGACGAGCUCACCCGCUCGCUGCAACACAUUGACCCACACACGGCAGAGUACGUGGAACGGCUCACAGACGAGGCUCUGCUCUACGCCCAGCUCGUCCGCACUCUCAUCUACGUCGAGGGCCUGAAGAAGAAUGCGAGCUUGGAGCUGCCACAAGAGCCUCUGAACCGCAUUGUCAUGCGGAGAUUAGAGCAUGUCUACUUCAAGCCAUCGCAAGUCAUCACCAUCCUCGAGAACAAUGUAUGGAAGGCCAUACCAGAGAGCCUCGACUCCGAAAUUACCCCCCGCGCCAUCUCCAACGACACCGCCUCCCUCGUCCAGACCCUCUGCACAUACCUCUUCCAGAACAGUGAAGGCAUCAUCCGUGCCCGGGCGAUGCUCUGCCAGAUCUACUUCUUGUCUCUCCAUGACCAGUACUACAAGGCUCGCGACAUGAUGCUCAUGUCUCACUUGCAGGAGACGAUCAGCAACUUCGACGUCAACACCCAGAUUCUCUUCAACCGCGCCCUCGUCCAAGUCGGCCUCUGUGCAUUCCGCGCUGGACUUGUGUACGAGGCCCAGACAUCGUUGCAGGAGAUCUGCGGGAGCAACCGGCAGAAGGAAUUGCUCGCACAGGGUCUGCAGAUGCAGAGAUACUCACAGAUUUCGCCCGAGCAGGAGCGACUUGAGCGUCAACGACAACUCCCAUUCCAUAUGCACAUCAAUCUCGAGCUCCUCGAGUGCGUCUACUUGACCUGCUCCAUGUUGCUUGAGAUUCCUCUGCUGGCGCAACUCGGUUCGUCACCAGAUCUCAGGAAGCGAGUGAUCAGCAAGACCUACCGUCGUCUCUUGGAAUACCAUGAGCGUCAGAUCUUCACCGGCCCGCCUGAGAACACGCGUGACCACGUCAUGCAAGCCUCCAAGGCCCUCUCUGCUGGCGAGUGGAAGAAGGCGGCCGAGUUCAUCAACGGCAUCAAGAUCUGGGAACUCAUGGCCAACUCUGAGCAAAUCAAGGAGAUGCUGUCUGCACAGAUUCAAGAAGAAGGCCUCCGUACCUAUCUCUUCACCUACGCGCCCUUUUACGAUACCCUCUCCAUCUCCACCCUUGCAGGAAUGUUUGAGAUCUCAGAACGCAAGGUCUCGGCUGUCGUGUCCAAGAUGAUCUCGCAUGAGGAGCUCGGAGCGGCACUGGAUCAGGUCAACUCAGCCAUCAUCUUUAGGAAGGGUGUUGAGCUCUCGAGACUCCAGACUCUGGCACUGAGCUUGUCGGAUAAGGCGAGCGGCCUAAUCGAGAGCAAUGAGAAGACGCUCGAGCAACGCACACAGGGUACUGCCAAUGCUUUCGAGAGGCAAGGUGGACGUGGUGGUCGUGGAGGACGGGGUGGUGGUCGUGGUGGUGGCGGAGGACGCGGAGGCGGUGGCCCGAGAGGUGGACGGAAUCAGCAAUUUACUGGUGGUGCACUUGGAAGGGCAAUUCAGGCCUAA